UUAGUCAAAAAUCGACUUUUUGAUCCCCAAUACAUCGUUUAUAUAUCAUAGAAGCCGCCAAACAAAAAAUUCCACCUUUAAGCGAAUCAACGAAUUAAAAACAACGGAAGUUGAACGGUUGUGCAGUUAUCAUUUCACAAAAUUCCAUCAAUUGAAAGGACUCAGGAGGUACAUAACCUAGCAAGGACAAGAACAUGAGCAAGGAAAUCUAUUACUCUGAUAAAUAUUAUGAUGAAAAGUAUGAAUACAGGCAUGUGGUUUUGCCAAAGGAACUGGUAAAACUGGUCCCUAAAACACAUCUGAUGUCUGAAGCUGAAUGGCGUUCAAUUGGAGUACAACAAUCACGUGGCUGGAUUCACUAUAUGAUCCAUAAACCUGAGCCGCAUAUUCUUCUAUUUCGACGGCCCAUACAACAGUGAGGGUCGACUUAAGCCUACAACCGAUUGUAUAUAGCCUACUACUCUAUUCCUUAUCCAUACACAUACUACAAUGCCAAGAAACAUUAGUUGGAAAGCGGCCUCCUGCUCUUCUCAAUUUUUGUUUCGAUGUUUGGUACAUGAUCGCCACGCCAUGGUAACCCUAGUUUUUGUUGUCCCUUUCGAGUAGAUCCAAUGUUUUUUAUGUUUGCGCUCACACGAAUCCUUAUUUACCAUAAAACAAAAUUAAUAAAGAUAUGAUACGUUGAUCGACAAA